UUGUAUCCCGCGUUGCUAAGCACGCCCUGGACGUCUUUUACUGAAACAGAACGCCCCCACUGGGAAGCCUCAAGCACACGUCAAUCACUGAAGUGUUGCACACGGCACCGAAAAUUCUGGAACCGAAUCAGACCCCCUUUUCUCCUAGACGGCGAGCGGUGGGCGACCAUACUGCGACUAAAAUUGGAGUGGGGAGACCCCUGGUUUCAUAAUAAAAUAUAAGCAAGAUGUAAAUGUAUGGUUUAACGUUAGAUACAACAAAACACUAAAAACGUUAAAAAGUCGUUCUUAUCCGUGAAAUCAUUGAGCGGUGUGUAAAAUCUUUGGUCGCUGCCUGGUCGCUAAUAAGAGUCACAGCCUCUGGUGGAAAGGGGGUGGGAACAAACAGGUUCAUACAUAAUGAAGCGAAGGCUCUAGAAAUAUGAGUAACUAAAACCAGAAAGAGUCUGGCUGGGUACACAAGGAGCAUCUCUUUACUGGAGGCGCAGUGGACUUCUGGAGAUUUUUGAAGCCGAAGUAAGCAAGCUGAGGACUUUGUUGGAGGCCUUUUUACCGCUUGACAGCACGCCUUUGUCGCCAGUGUAAAUCAUUACAACUUUAAGUGCCUACUAAGGAUAUAGAAGAAGCAAUUGCAACAAAAUGGAGGGUGGGAUGAGCCCGAACAUCUCAGACCUUAACUACCACAACGUCACGUGGAAUGACGAGCGGUUCAUCUUCGACAAGUACAAGCAGAGCACGGCCGUCAUCGUGAUCUUUAUCCUGGCCUACCUGUCCAUCUUCCUGCUGUGUGUGGUGGGGAACAUCCUGGUCAUCCUGGUGAUGGUGUUCAACAGGAACAUGCGGACAGUCACCAACAUGUUCAUCACCAACCUGGCUGUGGCGGAUCUGCUGGUCGGAGUCUUCUGUUUACCCUUCAACCUGGCGGACAACAUCACUACAAGUUGGCCAUUUGAUGACGUCAUGUGUAAGACAUUUCUCACGGUCCAAGUACUGUCUGUGUCAGCCUCCGUCUUCACACUGAUCGCCAUCGCUGUGGACAGAUAUUACGCAGUGGUGCACCCCACCAGUUCUGGCGUCACCAAGCCAGCGAUGAGGUACAUCCUGGUCAGCGUGUGGCUGGUGGCGGUGUGUACAUGCGUGCCCCAGGGACUCGUGUUAACCAGCACAACCUACCAAGAUGUGUACACGUCGGACGGCCAACUCAUGACGACUUGUGAGGAAGUGUGGCCUGGAGACCACUACCGUGCUGCGUACGCGCUGGGCCUAUUCAUCACGAGUUACCUCACCCCCCUCUUCAUAAUCGCCGUGUUGUACAUAAGAAUAAGCAUGCGACUGUGGUACAGGCCUAAGCUGGGAGGAAACCAAACCAACUCAGCACUAUCCGUGAAAAGUACCGAGCCUUUCGUGUCCUACAGUUCCCGGUCGGACAACGCUACACUCCACAUGCCGACAGCAGCGCCAUCGCCAUCUGUCCAGGCACAAAUGUCAAAGAAACUGCACGUCAUCAGAAUGUUGUUAAUUGUAGUGGUCGUGUUCUUCCUAUCCUGGCUGCCCAUACAUGUCUUCAACAUUGUUUCCGUCUUUGCCAACCUGACGGAAAACACGUUAAUCAUUCUGUAUCACUACGUGUUCCCAAUAGUGCAGUGUAUGGCCUUCAUCAACUGCGGGAUAAACCCGAUCAUAUACGGUUAUUACAAUAAGAACCUGAGAAAAGCAUUUUACCAGCUUAUCAGAAAAUCAUCGUGAAUCAAAACGGUAUGAACUUUCGCAGAAGUGUAAAGUAUGUGCAUGUACGACUUUUUUUGGCGACGCCUCAGGGACAAGCCUCUUGU